UUCCGUCUAGCAACUGGUGUUUACUUCGUAGGCAGCUUCGUUUGCAAUCGUUUUACAUUCUCCUGUUUUGGAAUUCUCGCAAAAAAACAAAAAUGAGUGAACAAAUCAAGUUUAUUGUAGAACAGCUCAAUAAAGAGCCCUUCAAGAAGACAUUCAACCUAAUCACCUUUGACUCUUUGGAGCCACUGCAGUUGCUGCAGCUGCUUAAUGAAGUUCUGGCUGAAAUUGAUCCGAAACAUAACAUUGAUAUUCGAGAGGAAGCACCAGAUCAAACAGCAAAGCGAAUGUUUAGCCUUCUGGGAAUUCUGAAAUAUAAGCCACCUGGAAGUGCUUCUGAUAUGAGUGCCUUUCGACAGGGUCUGGUUACUGGGAGUAAACCUAUAAUUCAUCCCAUUUUGCACUGGCUUCUGCAGCGGACCAAUGAGCUUAAAAAAAGAGCAUAUUUGGCUCGCUUCCUUGUCAAGGUGGAAAUCCCUGCUGACUUUCUGCAGGAUGAUGUGGUUGCAGACACUUAUCAUCAGUAUGAAGAAUUGGUGGAAGGGUUCAAGACCUUGCACAGGGAAUGUGAACAGCUGAAGAACUGUGGUUUUUCAACUGCAGAAAUAAGGAGGGACAUAAAUGCUAUGGAGGAAGAGAAGGAUCAACUAAUUAAGCGUGUUGAGCGUCUAAAGAAAAGGGUGGACACUGUAUCAAAUCACCAGCGGAUGUUAGAAAUGGCAAGACAGCUUCGUGUGGAGAAGGAGAGGGAAGAAUCUUUAAUGCAGCAAAAGCAGGAACAGAAAAAUCAAUUAUUCCAUGCAGAACAAAGGCUGCAGAGAGCACAGCAGCAGUUAAAGGACCUUCGACAAGCUUCAGCAGAUGCAAAGCCUGAGAGUUUGAUGAAGAGGCUGGAUGAGGAAAUAAAAUUCAACACAUAUAUGGUUUCAGACAAGCUUCCCAAGGAAUUGGAUAGCAAGAAGAAAACUGUUCAUUACUUACAGAAAGUGGUUGCAGAACCUGCAAUGGGUCACUCUGAUCUCAGUGAGCUUGAAACCAAGAUCCAGGAGAUCAAUACUCAAAUUAACCAAUUAAUUGAGAAGAGAAUGAUGAGAAAUGAUCCAAUGGAUGACAAACUGUUCCUUUUUCGGCAACAGGCAUCUAUCAUUUCCCGAAAAAAAGAAGCUAAAGCUGAAGAGUUGCAGGAAGGAAGAGAGGAGUUAUCAAACCUGGAGAAAGAACUUGCACAGAAAACAAACCAAGCUCGUGAUUUUGAUGGCACAGAAGUUCUGAAAGGUGAUGAGUUCAAACGCUACGUCAGCAAGCUUCGUAGUAAGAGCACAGUUUAUAAGAAGAAACGUCAAGAACUGGCAGAGCUAAGAGCAGAGUAUGGUGUGCUGCAGCGAACUGAAGAAAUUUUAAAACUGCGAUUUGAAGCCAUACAGCAACAGCUGCAAGCGUUCGAAGCUAAGCAUGGUAUUACUGGCUUCAGUGACACACAGGAGGAAUUGGAGAGGGUUUCCGCAUUGAAGAGCGAGUUGGAUGAAGUGAAGGGACGAACCCUUGAUGAAAUGUCUGAAAUGAUAAAGAAACUCAACGCCCUUAUUUCUGAAAAGAAGACUGCCCUGGCUCCUGUCAUCAAAGAACUACGACCAUUGCGUCAAAAGUGUCAGGAAUUAACUCAAGAGUAUGAAGAAAAAAAAUCACUCUACGACAGUUGUGCAGCAGGUUUGGAAAGCAAUCGAUCUAAGCUUGAACAGGAAGUCCAAGGGCUCAGAGAGGAAUGUGGGCAGGAGGAAACUAGAUACCAUUACAUCAACUGUUUGAAAAAGAUCGCUGAAAAGCAGAUACAGCGAGCUUCUGAUGAAAUGAAACUAUAUGUUUCUGCAGAUCCACAAGAAAGAAGAAAAGCCUUAAGAGAGCAGUACAAUCGAAAUAUCCUUGAGCAAGAAAAUCUGGGAAAGAAACUACGUGAGAAGCAGAAAGCUGUGCGGGAGAGCCAUGGGCCAAACAUGAAGCAGGUUAAAAUGUGGAGAGAUUUUGAGCAACUGAUGGAAUGCAAGAAACAGUGCUUUCAAAGACAGCAGCACCAGAAUUCUGUUGGUCAGGUGAUACAGGAAGGAGGAGAGGACAGAUUGAUCUUGUGAAUUAUGUAAUUGAUUUGUCUUAUUGUGCUUCAAAAACUUAAGAUUCUUUGUCUUGGGCUUUUUCAACAGUUUUUCAACUAUUUUUGAGUGAUUCUUAGUUUUAGUUAAUAUACCGAAUUCUAAAUUUGCAAUUAAUUGUUUAGUAACUUAGGUUUUGUAUGCAAUUAGCACCGACAAAGUCCCAUUUGCAACAACAAAUUUGAUGAUCCACCAGCUCUUCCGUAACAACAUUGUGUUCUCAUGGGGUAAAGCAGGAAUAGAACUUUUUGUCUUUUCAUUAGGGUACCUCAGGAGACUGGAGUAGUGAUCAUACCUACUGUACAUCAUUUUUCUAUGCCACAUUGUCUUUCAUCAGCUGAAAAAGAGAAACAGAUAUAAGGAGCUGUGCAAUUCAGGCCAACUCAGAAAAAACCUGACCAGAGUGUGAAUGAAAAUAAAUGUUGAAGCUUAUUCAUAGGAAAUGUGUUAAGCAGUCAAAUAUUGAAAAUACAAACAUGUGUACAGAUUUCUUAACUACAUCAAAAUAUUCUUCAUGAAAACAGUGAAAUGUAUGAUUUUCAAAG